AGACUAAUCUUUCGUUCCUUCAACCAGUACAUUUUACGGUAUGAAAACAUGUUUGCUUCAUUGGCCGUUUUGAUCAACUUUUACACAUAUUCAAACACACUUUGUAUUUCAUAACAACUUAAAAUAUUUUCAAUUGCAUUACUCAACAUAAAAAAAUGUCACUUUCCCGGCAGCUCCUCCGUAAAACCCCGACGGCCCAAACCCUAAAUGCCCCUUUCCGAUCAAUCUCCACCGGCGGUGCCGUCGUAAAAGGCCACCACAACAACCACCAGAACAACCACGAAUUCCUCCCACCUAACGACUACCUAAAUUCAUGGACCACACCAAAGAAUCCUAAGGAAGCAGAAGCGAAACUGGCUCGAUUACGACGCGAAUAUGCGAAGAAAGUGAAGGAGGUAAGGAAAGAGUAUAUAGAAGAAAUGGAGGUUAUGAGGAUUGAGAAAAUAAGGAAAGAUGAAGCGAAAAAGGAAGCGCAAAGGAUUGCUAAUGAAGAAAGGAAAGUUGCGAAAGCUGCUGAGAAGAAAGCAAAAGCGAAGGAAAGAGAAGCUGCUGAAGAAGAGUUUCGUAAAACCUUGCUUAAAGAAAGACAGGAAAAGCUUGAAUACUGGAGGAUGAGGGAAAAGAACUUCGCGGAGAAGAAGAAAGAGAAAAACAAUCUUCUUCGAAGGCAAAGUUCAAUGUGGAUUGAUGAAAAAGACUUGGAGCAGAAGUCAGCUGAAGCUAUUGCUGUCGGUGUUCAACUUUGAAUUGUCUUCUUUCUCAAACAAUUUUGGUUGAAAUGUUGUGUUAUUUGGUAGAACUCUUUUGAAUAAAUUCGAAAAUGUGUAACUUGCUACUUGGAUAGGAUUUCUCACCCUUCCCACUGGGAACAUUUGAAGAAAUUGACUAUGUUCUUGGAUAGCCAAAUUUGGCAGAAAAUUCUGUAAAACAGACUUUGGAUCAAAUUCCCCCACAUUUGUGGUAUCUUAUGAACUCAGAAUUUAGCCGAGGGUCUCUCGGAAACAUCCAUAUCCAUGAGGUAGUGGUAAAGUAUGUGUACCCAAAUGUAGACUUCACUUGUGUAUGAAAUUGAAUGUUGAUUGAAAUCUUUAAGAUUAACAGGCCGUGUGUUGCUUUUA